CAUAAAAGUAAACAACUCCGAGAGGAACCGUUGAAGUUGAAGGGGCUGAAAUUAAAUUUUGUUGAGCAAUAUUCAACAUUUUUGGAAGCUCUUUUUAUUGUUCCGAGUAGUGAAAAUAAAUUUUCUAUACACGCUAUGGCUUUGUUUCUAAAUCGUCCAUUAACUUUGGCUGAGUUCAGUAGCUGGUUGCAGCUGAUAUGCGCGGAAUCCGCGAUGAUUUCCCGAUCAUCAGAACAGCUAACGACAAGGGCGAGAAAAAUUCACAAAACCAACGAAUCACUGGCACAUCGUAUCCAUGAAGCAAAACAGGCAUCCAAACAGUUGGAACAGGAAAUAGUGGAACAACAAAAGGCGGAACAGGCAGUUCGGGACUGCCUCGCCGAAAUGGAAGGCAGACUGUCGAAACUGAACGAAGAGAAUGCACUGCUCAAUGAGAGGGUGGCGGAACUUCAGCAACCGAGCGCGACCGGUGAAGGGCCGUUACUAACCGAGGAGCAGGUGGCAGCAUUGAAAAAGGAGCAGAGAAAACUGGCGUACCUUAAGAGGAUCAUCAACCAUGACAUCAACAAGGAUAACGUUGCGGAUUUACUACCAGCUGUAAUGCAAAAGGAUCAGCUUGAACGAAUGGUACUUACUGCAGCGAGUGGUGUGAGCUCGUGGGAUGAAAUACUUGAAGAAUGACGAGGUGAUUUAUAAACAUGAUUUAUUAUUUGUUUCCACUAGAUUGUGAUUUGUUGAAUUCGAGAGAAAUCCUGACUACUAUUUUGUCAAUAUUAAGCCACAGGAAGGCUUUCCGGCAAAUGUAUACGAUAAAAGAAGGAGAAUUUUUAUUCCGGGC